CAGUGCGGACAACCCUGAAGUACAGAGAGUUCAACCGUCCCUGAACCAUGAACGAGCGAUUGGUACUCGGUACCAGAGUCAAUCCAUAGUAUUCCAUACUUCAUGUUCCUGCAACGCUCCCGUCUCCUUCAUAGCCACCCAAACACAUUGAACUACUACCACCAUAUAAAGACAACAUGUCUCGCAUUACCAAACACGUUUCGUCGGAUGGCUUUGAGCCUGUCGAAUUGUUUGAAAGUCACGCACUUGCCUAUCAGAGCAGCCAUUACACAAUCAUCCCCUCUGUCCAACCCAGUAGUGUCCGAAGCGUCCUGUCCCUCCCUCUCAGCACCACAGCAGAGCUGUACAUUUACCUGAAGGAACACCCGCUCCAAAUGCACCACAUUUAUCAUCAAUGGUUAUCGACCCAUAAGCUUGCAACAUGCCGCGUGGUAGGCGCACCGCACUUUCGCGCUGACGAAGCGGAAUGGCUGCUCGACCUAUACGCACGCAGCUACUCCAAUCCUGCCAGCAAUGACAACCGAUUCAGAAAUACCUGCGUUGAUGCUAUGAUAGAGGUUCUACAUGAGUACGGCAUCAAAGAUAGCCUUGUCGGUUACAUGACUGUAUUGCUCAAAGGACGGGCGGAGUGUGGGAUGUGGCGACUGGUGACGCUGUAUAGGUUUUGCAUGCAAGCGGAACGCGGGAGAUCAAUGUUUCGCAAGUGCGUGUCGGGAUUUGAAGAGGGUCUGGAAAGGGAUUUGCAGAAAACGCCGAAGGGGGAGGUCCAUGAGAAGGUCUGGGGUGAAGUUGUACGAGGUGCGAGAGAGAAGUUUUAUGAGAGUGAUGUGAGUGAACAGCUGAUGCUUGUGUCUGCUCAGCCCUAGUGGGAUUAUUGUUGAGCGCCCGUCGCUUUUCGGUAAAGUAUCUUAGCGCCAUUGUUCAUAGUAAUCAUUAGUUUAUGUAGAAGGGGAAUUGACUG